AACACAGGGUUGCGGUAUCACACUUUCGACGGUUUCAGUUUCAGAAGUAACUUCGGGAAUUAAGAUUUUCCUUAGUUUUUUCAAAACUUACAAAUAACCCAAAACAAAUUUGCACUUUUACGAUCCGAUAUCGAUUUUGUUUGGAAUUUUUUAUUUUUUAUUUUCAAUCUAAAUAUUUCCAAUUUUAAAAAUGGCAAAAUCGUUGCUGAUCGUAUCUGCUUUGUUAUUGGCCGUCGUUGCUUCUGUAACCGCUGCACCCACACCGAAAAAACAAAUAUCUUUCAAUUUAUGCAAGAAAAGUGAUCCAAACCUUGACAAAUGUUUGAAGACCUCCAUCCAAUCAGUCAUUCCCGAUUUGGCCGAAGGAUACCCAAAACUGAGGAUUCCGGCCAUCGAACCGUUCGAGCUACCGUCUUUGGAAAUCGACCAAGGCAAAGGCUCCAGCAAAUCAGUCAGCAUUGAUCUGAAGCUUAAGGACGUCAAGAUCAUGGGCUUGACCAGCACAGUGAUCGAUUCCUUGAAAGUCGAUGUUGACAAUUACAAGCUCACCGGCAAGAUUGGUUUCACAAAGCCACUCGAGAUCAGUGGACAAUACACGGUCAACGGAAAGGUGCUCGUUUUGCCGAUCACCGGUAACGGACCGUGCAACAUUGUCUUACACGAUCCCGUAUUGGAAUUGAAAGAAGUAUCCGGAUCUCCAAGCCAGAAGAACGGCAAGACCUUCGUCCAAAUCAAGAAAUUUGAACUUAGGUUGGUGAGUGUCAAGAAACUGAAUGUCAAGUUGGAAAACCUUUUCAAUGGAAACAAACAAUUAGGAGAUAGCAUGAACUCCAUCCUGAACGAAAACUGGGAAGUUCUUCUUGAAGAAUUGAAACCAGCAUUCGAAGAAGCAGUUGGAGCUAUUGCACAAGAUAUUGUUAAUAAAGCAUUGCAAAAGACCGCGUAUUCAGACAUAUUCCCUAUGUAGUUCGUUGGAUCGUUGUAUUUGUUUUAAGUUUCCUAAACAAAAAUGUUGUUAUUCUUAAUUUAAUGCACGUCACAGUCAGUAUGCACUAGAGUAGCUCUACAAAAAUGUCUUAAGUGAUCGACGCUAACGAGAUUCUCACAUAUAGUGCCCACUUUCUGCUGACUUGUUAUUAUUUUUUAUAAAACUAUGACUAUUAGCUCGUCUCAAUAUCAAAUUGAUGACUUGCAAAUUAUUUAUUUGAAAAACCUAGUGUUUUUAUUAACUUAUUAAAUGUUAUUUAUAUGAAAAAUAUAAAUUAAAUUAUUAAAUUAUUACCUAUACGGAUAUACAAGUAA